AUCAGCUGUCAGUUGCUAGACUUGCCUUCCCUUCCAUACCGCAAGCCACAUUCCCCAAUGCUCAGUAAGUGCCAAAUCCCUUCCGUUCAUAAGCCAGGCUGCGACCGACUGCCUCGCCAAAGGUCCUGCUGGGAGCAAACAAGACAGAAGGACCUUUGACUGCUUGAGCAUCUCCAAACCAAAGGCAAAGCACCAAAGCGUAGAGUACUCUUCCCCGCCAAGGAGCAAGAGAGAAUCUAACCUGGGUUUUGGUGCCUAGUAUGGCAUCCUAGGAGUGCUCAGCCUCUCGCCCAUGACAUCCCGAAGACACUACUCUUUGCCCCGAACAUUAUUGACUCCUCGCUUGUACUCGGACGGGACGAUGGGUGGCAUUGCUCAAAUCACCCCUUUCCUCUACAUCAGUAAAGGGAGCGUCGCCGCCAACCGGCAGCUGCUCUUGGCGCGAGGCAUCACCUGCAUCAUCAACGCCACCGUUGAGCUCCCCAACUACAACUUCCCCGAGUUCGAGUACUACAAAGUGCCUGUGGCCGACAUGCCCAACGCCCCCAUCUCGCUCUACUUCGACAGCGUGGCCGACAAGAUCCAAAGCGUGGCCCGCAAGCACGGCGUCACCCUGGUCCACUGCGCGGCCGGCGUGAGCCGCUCGGCCACCCUCUGCAUCGCCUACCUGAUGAAGUACCAGAACGUCAGCCUGUACGAGGCAUACAACUGGGUGAAGUCGAGGCGGCCGGUCAUCCACCCCAACGUGGGCUUCUGGCGGCAACUCAUCGAGUACGAACGGGAGCUCUUCGGCAAGAACACGGUCAAAAUGGUACACACCGGGUACGGCAUGAUGCCGGAUGUUUACUGGAGGGAGAGGAGAACCUUUCUGCCUUACUGGGGGAUUUGAAGACCACUACAACAGGAGCAGAAGAAGAAACAAGGACAUUCCCAAAACAAAAAGCUCUCACAACCGAGAGCAUUACUCAUCCUCUCUUAUGGUCAGCUUCAGUUCCUUUUGAGACAGUCCACACUACAAUAGAUUUCAUGUCAAUGCACUAAACCAGCAACCCCCCUGUAUAGGGGAGGCCUUAACCCUACAUCCCAUGGAAAUACCUUAACAACAAGGCCUCCUUUUGCAAAGAUGUAUAGGGUCUGUUAAAAGAUACAUUUUUAAAAGACCCAUUUCGAUGCGACCACUCCAUGAAGCCAACAUGUUUAAAGACUGUGGAAAACGCACAACCCGAAUAUCGUUUGGCGAUGCGGGUGCCUUUCAUUUGGGGUUUUCUCUUUCUUCCUUGUUAACCAGCAGCUUAUUGCCAAAAGGUCUCUCUAGAAGAAGAACGGCUGGUCCUUCCCUCCCUUAAACGUUGGAAUCAAAGAAAAAAUAUUGAGUAGCCGAUGUCCAAAUGCGGAGAAGUAAAAAUGUGAUUAUAAUCUUAUUUUAAAAACAUAGAGAGAUUUAUCCAGAGAGGUUUCCCAACCUCUGUUCUUUGGUAAUGUACAGCUAAGCUUUUGUUGGGGGAGUGUGUAUGCCUGUGUUGGGGGGAGAUAUUCUAACUAGACAAUCUGCCACAAAUAAAACGAUUCGGACAAUGAAGACGUCAUGCCCCUUUUU